CAGAGCCGGUAUGAAAGAAAAACAGUAACAUUGUACUUAGCUUCUCUCUCUCUCUCUCUCUCUCUCUCUCUCUCAUUUCGCCCACCGCUUCAACCUCACUUCUACCUUUAGGGUUUCUAUUCCUUACUGGGAUCCUGAUUCCUUCCCCAUUCCUCAGAUUUCAUGAAUAAAGUUCUGCCUCAAUGUAUAAGCUUAACCGGAGUUGAUUCUGGGUUUGGAUGCCACUGUUGGAGCCAGUGAAAGAAGUGGACAGAAUGGACCGGCUUUGAACUUUUGUGAAAAAAAGAUUUACAUGCAAUGUGUUUUUAGGCAGCUGGCAAUUUGUGUCUAAAAUGCUUCAGGGACGAAUAUAAUAAACUUAGAAAACUAAAAUUACACGUUGUUUGGCACCACAUCCAAACAGCUUGAGCAGAGUAACCCAGUAAUGGGUUCAUUUUCUGGUACUUGUGAAAUUGUUGAAGCAGGGGAAGAGCUGAAUUUCGCUCAACAUUCUAGGAGAUCUUAUGACAAAGAUCAGAAGCUUCAUAAGCUAAAACUCGGAUAUAAAAAUUCUCUUGAAGAUGAUAUUAAUCAUCUUUUUGAGGCAAUUAAUCUUAAAGCUUCAACUAAGAGUGUAGUUCUUUCACAACACGAGGGAUCGAGUCCUUUAAGGAAAAUUCCCUUGAAACGACCAAUUACGGUUGGAACGCCCCGUUCACCAGGAAUGGGGAAUUCAGAACCUGUGACUUUGAAGCAGGCAUUAAGGGAGCUAUGCCUUUAUAAGGCAUCAGAAACUGCUGCUAUGAAACGGCUGUCAAAGUCAACCAGUUCUCCUGGAGUCUCGGAAGCCGGAAGGAUAAAAACACUGUAUGAUGCUGUUGUAGUGGAAGCUUGUGGAUCCGGUCUGUCCUUAGAUGAUGGUAAAGGGAGCGGGGUUGAAAUAUCAAUCAUGCCUGAAGAAACGAAAUCCAAUUCUUCUGGGAAGAUGCCCGAGAAUCUUCAAACGCAGACAAUGAAGUCAUCAAGCCAAGGUUCUCAGAAUUCUCCUCGUUUUGCUGGUUUUACAACACAGAAUAGUACUGGGAACAUAGCAGUGCAUAGUGGGAUUAUUUCUUCAUUAUGUAAAUAUGUGGGUCAUGCACAAAAGAUAGAGCUUGCAAAGAAAGAGAAGCAUACAUCUGCACCUUCCCCACCUUCUCCUAGUGCCAGUGGCCACCUAUCAGAGCUGCCUGAAAAAGAUCCUGCCUCGUCCAAUAUGACAAAUAAAGCAUCGGCACCAGAUCUUGUACGGAAAGACAGGUUGAAAGUAGCACCUUCUUCUAGUUCACUUGUUGGCAAUAGGGUAAGCAAGUUAUCCAGGAAUAACUCCCGCUCAGUCAAACCGGUUGUUAGAAACAAGAGUUCUGUUAAGAAGAAAAUAAAGCAGAAUCCAGGUUCUGCUGCCUGCACUUCCGGUUCAUAUAACAGUGUUAAUAAUGACUCGAAUCCUGGUAAAAUUCCAGUGGUUUGUGAGAGGUGCCAGUGCACUUUGAAGACUGAAAGUAAAGAGUUCAUACCAGAUUCUCUUAUUUCCCACUCAACCAAAUCUAAUGAUGAAGUAAACCCAAGUAAUGGGAAUUCUGUAGCAAGUAAGCCAUGCAUCGCUUCAAACAGCUGUAAUAAAAGCAGAGCUGUUGUUAUGAAAGUAAAGAAAAACAUAAAAUCAAAAGAGAAGGGAGAAUUUUCCCAAAGUUCAAAAAGUAGCCAAGGUGAGUAUAGUAGUAGUACAAGUAUUAGUGAUGAGAGUAAUGUGAGUGGGUCUAAUUGUGGAAACAGACCUCACAUGUCAAAGGAUGUGAGAUGGGAAGCCAUUCGUCACGUACAAAUGCAGCAUGGAGCCCUGGGUUUGAUGCACCUAAAUCUUUUAAAGAAGCUUGGUUGUGGAGACAUUGGAACAGUAUAUCUUGCUGAGCUGAUUGGUACAAGUUGCCUAUUUGCUAUAAAGGUCAUGGACAAUGAGUUUUUGGCUAGAAGGAAGAAGAUGCCAAGGGCUCAAACCGAGAGAGAAAUAUUGAGGAUGCUGGAUCAUCCGUUCCUUCCAACACUUUAUGCCCAAUUCACAUCAGAUAAUCUAUCAUGCUUGGUUAUGGAGUAUUGUCCAGGUGGAGAUCUUCACGUCCUUCGGCAGAAACAGCUUGGCAGGAGCUUUCCUGAACCAGCUGCAAGGUUUUAUGUUGCUGAAGUCCUGCUUGCUUUGGAGUACUUGCACAUGCUUGGCGUUGUGUACCGGGAUUUGAAACCAGAGAACAUUCUUGUUAGGGAAGAUGGUCACAUUAUGCUCACGGAUUUUGACCUCUCACUCAGAUGUACUGUGAGCCCUACUCUCCUGAAAUCAUCUUCAUCAAAUGCAGAUCCUGUAAGGAUGUCCGGUCCAUGUACAGGUUCUAGUUGCGUUGAGCCUUUCUGCAUCGAACCAUCCUGUCAAGUCCCAUGCUUCAGUCCUAGUUUUUUACCUGCUGCUGCAAAAGAAAGGAAGUUAAAAGUUGAUCUUGCUGCCCGGAUCAGAUCAUUGCCACAGCUUGUGGCUGAGCCUACCGAUGCACGAUCCAAUUCCUUUGUUGGCACCCACGAAUACUUGGCCCCUGAAAUCAUCAAAGGAGAGGGUCAUGGAGCUGCAGUUGAUUGGUGGACAUUUGGUAUCUUUCUUUAUGAGCUUCUUUAUGGAAAAACACCUUUUAAAGGUUGUAAUAAUGAAGAGACAUUAGCCAAUAUAGUGUUGGAGAGUCUCAAGUUUCCCGACAGCCCACUCGUCAGUUCCCAUGCAAGAGAUCUUAUCAGAGGGCUGUUGGUAAAGGAGCCCGAGAAUCGGCUGGGAUUCGAGAAAGGUGCUGCUGAGAUUAAGCAGCACCCGUUCUUUGAAGGCCUGAGCUGGGCAUUGAUACGCUGCACCAUACCACCAGAGCUACCCGAGUCUUGCGAAUUUGGAUUUCCAAACACUUCUCCCCACGAAACAAAGAGCAAGUAUUUGGGCUCCAAAGCUACUGAAGAGCACUGGGAGUUUGACUUGUUCUAGAGAAAAGCACCUGCUUUGGGGAAGAGAGGCUAUGUGGGUUAGGUCAGUUCUUUAUUCUCAACUCUCCUCCUUGUUGUACCUAGUCUGUUGCGUAAAUGUAAAUGUGCUGGUAUAUACUUGGGUAAAAGCUUGUCGGUUAAGGUAGAGAAAGUUGUAGCUGAGGAUUUGAUAUACGUACGAUGUCGUUCUCCGUCCAAACUCACGGAAAUGUCGACACCAUUAGACACUCUAAUAUCAACCGAUCGAAUGUCAACAUUGAAUAGACAUUCAUAUUCGCAGCGAA